AUGUCCAGAACUAGCGCAACGCGUAGUGCGUCUAUGCCUGCAUCAUCGGCGGCGGAUAUUGAGCUCAAGAAUGUCAAGGCGGCGCUCAUCAGACCAUCCGGUGCCUACCUUGAUGCCAACUUGGGGCGGCAGACACUCCCCUAUGUCUAUGGGUCUACUAUUGCUCAGCACGUCCGCAAAACUGGUAUGAAAAAGAUCGGACUUUGCUUGGACAGUAUCUGUCGCCGGGAGAAGAUCUUUACUCAGAACGCUUCUGACGCUUUGGACCUACUCGAAGGUGCUUUGAGCAAAGCCAUCGAUUUCCACGUCACUGAUACGACAACUACGGACGAUGAGCACAGAAGACUGGCCUCUAUUGUGGUGGCUGAGCUUGAUACCAUGAAAGACAAGCAAGGCUUCUUCGUUCUGAUCGAACCCUUCGUCUCCAACGUCAGCGAUACAACGGGUGUACCUGUACCUGCUGUCAUUGCCGCUGCCAAAGAAGAUGUUUGUUCCGCUUCGAAUGCCGUUCUGUUUUCGAUCAAGAUCUCUACUCGGAACACAAGUUCGGCUUCGCAGAACGGCUCGAUCACCAUCACCUCUGGUGUAUCUGGAUCGGACGCAAUGGACAUCGAUCUGGAUGGUGUUUCGGAAACUCAAAGCAGCUCCACUUCAGCACCUCAUCCUGAUAUCUCAUUCCAUCAGCCUAUUCCGCUUGGUGAUAACCACCUAGCACCAAAACAAAGCGAUCACCAGUAUCUCGGCGAGUUGUCUUACGAGCUCCGCCAAGAUGGUCUUCACUAUCUACACGACCAAUUGGAAAAGAUGCAGCACCAAAUCUCUCCAAAAUAUGGGCUUUUGCUUGAUAACAACGCACUCAUCAAGCUGACGCAUGAUCUCGAAAGCAACGUUCUUCACAGCAUACACUCGGAUGUGCUGUUCCAGUCUGAUCUACCGAGCAAAGGCUGGCUUGACCACAAGUACGAGGCUGGCAUUCGAGCCGAGCAUAGCGCUUUAGAGGACAAACGGAGAUUCUUGGCGAGGGUUAGAGAUGAGGAGAUGCACAACGCCGAGGAGACCUCCAUCCCAGCCCAGGUCAAUUCGAUAGAUGCGCCGCUCACUCAAGAAGAGCUCGACACCAUCCAACCUCUGAGCGCUCCACCUUCGCUGAUCGAUUUUCCUCACGACAAACGUGUGUACUCCAUGUACCACUUGUUUUGGACCAUAAAGCGCAAGAAUCACGAAGCGGCAGCGAAAUUCAAAGAACGGUUGCUACCAUCAGAGAUACUACCUAUGAUCAAGGAGCAGGAAUUUGCUGUCCUCCAACGCAUUUCGGAUCACAUGCAGAGCCUACAUCGUCCACCAACCCCUGCAGAAAUCGAACGUGAGUACGACACACAGUCUGAGCGCGAACUUCAAGACUGCAGCAAACUCGACCGUUUUGUGAAUAAAGCAAAAGACUUUCGCAAAAGCAUCAAAAAGUUCUUUGCAUCGGCAAAGGAGAAGGUCACUGGCGCGUUCUGCAUCGCUGGUGCGAGUGAUGUAGCUCCUGCCGCUCGACACGCAUCUCCGCCGUCGCCAUUCCGAGACGUGAAAGGUCAGUUCAUGACCGCUCUCAAUGAUGCGAUCAACAAGAUGAGCAUCGAUGCCAGUCACAAUUGGAAUGGAGGCCAAGCCAUUCUUCAACUAGCUCAGGUCGACGAUCUUGCGCUGAAGUUGGAGGCUCGCAUGCUGAACAACCUGGACCAAAAGCAUAUCGGUACGCCCCUAACUCGUCAACAGCAAGAGACCUUCUACAUUCAGGCUGGUCACGAAAUGCUGAAGCAGAUCCGGGAUAUCAAAUGCUUCGUCCAGACAAUCCAAGCAUAUUUGGCUAUGCCUGGUUGAGCAGGUGGUUAUGAGCGUCAUCAACGCCGUAGCCACCCUCUGGUUUGCGAUGACCCAAGGACGCCAAGCCAUGCACUUAGUCCGCAAUAUUGACCACACAUAUGCUACCAAGAUUUCUUCCUAAUAACCAUGAAAUCAAAUGAGUUUGAGACUCUUCGGGUUAGGAGAGUCGUACCGUACUCAUCAGAUCAACGCUAGUUUGUAAGUUAUCACCACAAAAGCAUCGUUUGGU